AUGGUAAUAAUCCUCUUACUUGCUAUAAUCUGCUCAUAUAAUAUAACAUCAUAUCCAUGUUUAAAUUAUAAAAGAAGAAAAAACUUUUAUUAUUGUGAAAUAUUUAAAAAUGAGAAAGAGGAGAAUUCAUUAAAAUAUCCGAUUUAUAAAUAUAAACGUAUAAAAAGGAAUCGCUCUAAUAUAAAUGCUUUUAAAAAGUAUAAUUUAAUAAAUACGUUAAUAAAUCGAAAUUAUAAUGUCAAUAAUAAUAUGAAGAAGGAUGGUUUCCAUACAAGAAGAUGUGUAGCUCAAUUAAGUUUAUUCUCUAGAAAGAAAAGAAAAAAAACAAACAAUGAAAAAAAAUAUAUAUUUAAUCAUAUUCAUUUUUAUAGUUAUAUUCUUGUGUAUUUUAAUGAGGGCCUUCUUCAACAUUGGACGACUACACCACAUGUUACAAAAAUUAUUUUUGAUAAUAUGUACAAAGGUUUUAGGAUGAAGGGGGGGGACAAUAUAAAUAUCAUGGGAUUUUAUAAUACACAUAAUAGAAAAAUUCAUAACUAUUCUUUGGAUAUUCACAGAUCUGAUGAAAAGGAUACAACAGACAUAAUAAAAAAAAUAAAAAAUAAAACAGGAGAAAAAUUAAUAAAAGAUAAUAAUAAAAAAAAAAACAAUAAUAAUAUUAAUAGUAAUAAUAAUAAUAUUAAUAGUAAUAAUAAUAAUAAUAAUAAUAAUAAUAAUAAUAAUAACAUCAAUGAUAUAUCCAUAAAAAAAGAUCGCGUAUGUUGUAAUAACCCCCAUAUAAAUAAUAAGGGAGAUAUGGAUGAAGAAAAUAAUGAGGAUCAUGUGAAUAAAACCAAAGAAGAACAUUCCUUUGAAAGUGUUUUAAAUAAAUAUAAUAAAGAAUUAAUUUUAAGUAAAAGUAAAAUUGUACAUUUGGAUUUUCCAAUUUGUAAAAAUAAUUCUUCAAAUAUUGUAACAAUGGAUGAUAUAUUUUAUGGAGGUUUUUUAAAUAUAUAUAAACCCGUGAAAUUAUAUUCUAUGAGGGUUUGUGAAAAAAUCAAAAAAAUAUUAAAAGAUUAUUUUUAUAAAUUAAAUAAAAAAAAAGUUAAUAUAAAAGUAGGACAUGGAGGAACCUUAGAUCCAUUUGCUGAAGGCGUUUUAAUAAUAGGCAUACAACAAGCUACAAAAAAAUUAUCAGAUUUUUUAAAAUGUUAUAAAAAGUAUCUAGCUCUUUCCAUUUUUGGUUAUGAAACAGAUACAUUAGAUAGAGAAGGAAAAAUUAUUAAAGAAGAACAUGUUAUACACAAAAAAUUAAAAAAACAGGAUAUACUAACAAAUUUACAAAAGUUCAUAGGACAUAUAAAACAAUAUCCUCCUAUAUAUUCAGCAAAACGUUUCAAAGGAUUAAGAUUAUAUGAAUAUGCAAGAAAAAAUAUAUCUGUACAAAUUAAACCAUGUAAUGUACAUAUUAAGGAUAUUCAAUAUUAUAAAGAAAUUGAUCUCCCUUUUCUGGAUCUUUAUAUACAUUGUUCUGGAGGUACAUAUAUAAGAAGUCUUAUAAGAGAUUUUGCAAAUUCUAUGAAUACAAGCGGCACAUUAAUAAAACUUGUACGAACGGAACAAAAUGAAUUUAACUAUAAAAACUCUCUUCACUAUGAUGAUAUAAACCUGAAUACUAUAAAAAAAUAUUUCAUCAAGUUGUGA